UAUACUCCUGCAAAUUAGCCUUUUGUACUACCAAAAAUCAACAUAAGAAUCACCGCAAAAACCGCCAUGGGAGGACUCGACGAAGCCUUCAUCCAAGCUCCCGAAAACAGACCCAUCACUCAUCUCAAAAACUCGGGUGACUUCAUUUUCUCCGACGAGAUCCCGACCAUCGACCUCUCGUCUCUCCAAGACCCCGAUUCCGACAAGACCACGAUCGCCACAGAGAUCGGAAAAGCUUGCGAGAGAUGGGGAUUUUUCCAGGUGAUCAACCACGGCUUGCCGUUGGACUUAAGGCGCCGCGUAGAGAACACGGCGGCGGAAUUUUUUAACCUAACGGCGGAGGAGAAGAGGAGAGUGAAAAGGGACGAAGUGUAUCCUAUGGGCUAUUACGACGAGGAACACACUAAGAACGUUAGAGACUGGAAAGAGAUCUUUGAUUUUUUCUUGCAAGAUCCCACGAUCGUUCCGGCGAGUCCAGAGCCAGAAGACGCCGAGCUCAGAAAGCUCACUAACCAGUGGCCUCAACACCCUUCUGACUUCAGAGAGAUCUGCCAAGAAUAUGCAAGGGAGGUUGAGAAGUUAGCUUUCAAGCUUUUGGAACUUAUCUCCAUUAGCUUGGGUUUACCCGGUGAUCGGUUAUCGGGUUACUUCAAGGAACAAACGAGCAUUUUGCGGUUCAACCAUUACCCUCCUUGUCCCAACCCUGAGCUUGCAUUAGGCGUUGGACGUCACAAAGAUGGAGGAGCUCUUACCGUUUUGGCUCAAGAUAGUGUUGGUGGAUUGCAAGUGGGACGUAGAUCCGAUGGAGAAUGGAUCCCAGUGAAACCGAUCCAAGAUGCUUUGAUCAUUAACAUUGGCAAUUGUAUGCAGGUAUGGACAAAUGACAAGUAUUGGAGUGCAGAACAUAGAGUUUUAGUGAACACGAGCAAAGAGAGAUUCUCAAUUCCACUAUUCUUUUUCCCAUCCCAUGAAACCAACAUUGAGCCAUUGGAGGAGCUUAUAAAUGAAGAAAACCAGCCUUGUUACAAAAAGUGCAAUUGGGGCAAGUUCUUUGUUUCGAGAAACAGAAGUGAUUUCAAGAAGCUCGAAGUUGAGGACAUCCAGAUUGAUCACUUCAAGUUGUAAUCAUCUUAUGUUCAUUAGUAAACGUUUCCUGUAUCGGUUUGUAUUUAUUACUAUUAGCUGUGGCCUAUUUUUAAUAUACCAAUUCUAUCAUUAUUCA